UCGUGAUUCUAUGCUAUCUGUGUCGAUGGAUGCGAACGUACAAAUUACUGCCGAUCGGAAAGAGAUUGACAGACGCAUAUCUGCUUUCAUACUUCAGAAGAGGCAAGAGAAUGAAGUUCGUAGUUUUAAACAUUACUUCCCAUUUCAACAACCUCCUGGUGAGCCAACUUGUGCAAGAACGCAAUGUCAAUGCAUUCGAAGAAUAGUGUGUAGACGGCAGGCAAAUGAUUCUGACCAAAGAGAUACUUCUACAAAAGAGACAGAAACCAAUGCUGAAUCAACCGGAGGUGAAUGGCCAAAUGGCAUUGAAGAGCGAUUAAGAAACCUUGAACAUCAUGUUGCAUUGAAGCCUGGACAAGCUGUGCCGUCUGAUGUUUAUAGCAGAAUUCAGAGAUUAGAAGAGAAAGUUCUCUACUUGGAAGGACUGUCACCAGAGUAUUUUCAACCAGAUUUGCCUGGUCGUAUUACUACUCAAAACUUGAGUAGUUUGUCACAGUCAAGUCAAAAUGCGCUGCUUCUGUCGCAUCAUCCUGUACAGUAUGGUGCACAUUGCCAGCAAGUGCAGCAGGAUCAGACAUCAGUUGUUAAUGACGACAAGGACCUUUCUUUGGAGGAACUUGACGAAAGAAUUUUGAAAGCACGUGAGGCAUUACUGUUGAAGAGAAAGCAGCAGGCAUCAACUUAGUCAUGUUGAUGAUGAAAUCUUUGUUGUCACUGAUUUAAUGCUAAUGUGGCUAAUACUCGUUAGCUUGUGCUGCAUGGUGAUUUUAUGUGAUAAUGUGUAAUGAAAGACAAACUGUACAGAGUUGAAUAUUUGGUUGGAUGAUUUAGAUACAGUACCUUUUUUGGUUAGUUGUGUUUAGUUUAGCUUGUUUUACGAUUUGAUUACAACUCUAUAUGUUACAUUUAUUGACAUUCUUAUCACAUGUCAUCUCGAAAGCUGAAACAAUGUAUUACCAUAGCAGAAUGCUAAAAUGGCCAGUGUGUUGCUGAAAUUAAAUUUAUGUUCAACAGCCAUAAAUGAGACACAGUAAUCUUCCAAUGUCAUCUGUUAGCAGGUAGUUGUAUGUAUUUUAAAUGGAGAAAUGCUUGCACAUUAGAGAAGUGGAAGAAGAGAGGACAUUGGCAGAAGAUAUGGUUUUCCCGAAUAGAUCUAAGCUAAGAAGAGUAAUUGGAGCUAGUGUGAUUAGAGCUACAACAGUGGAAGCUGUAAUUGUAACCUUCAUAAAAUAUUGGCUGAUCAUGGGGUUUAAACAUUAUGUCUGACAAUGAACAUGCAGUAGUUUCAUAAAGCAGUUUGGAAUAUUGUAAGUCUCAUGAAAAAGUCACAUGAAGAACAACAUGUGGCUACAGCAGUUUACUAUCCCACUGUGAAUGGUGGAUGGUCAAUGAUGGAACCAUGAAGUAUUACAUGGCUAGGAUAAAUCUUUCUGACAGGGACACAUGUGCUGGAUAAUUUUUAUUUACCAAAUACUGUAUACGUUUAGUCAAUUUGUAAACUUACGAAAUUAUUCAUGACCAGGGCAGUGCAACUAAUUUCAACAUUUUGCUAUUAACCACAUGUCUAGACAUGACAAUCACGUAUGGAUGUUUGCAUUGUAUUUUCCACUCUAAGUCAACAUUUUAUUGCAGUAGUAAGGUUACUUAAAUUAGUCAAUGAAAAUGUACCUAUAGUGUGUGUUUGA